GGCCGCUGCCAGUCCGUCAGCUGAUUUCCAGCGGCCGCCUUGAGCCCCGGCUGAGAGGGGCGAGCAGGAAGCGGAGCCGGCGAGGGCGGUCGCGGGGGCUGAAGGCGCCCUUUCUGCCAGCGGGAGGAGACCGAGGGAGGCUGCUCCCCGCGGCCGAAGCAGGCGUGAAACCAUAAUGGCGGGCAACAGUUUGGUCCUGCCAGUCGUGCUGUGGGGACGCAAAGCUCCUACUCACUGUGUAUCCGCUUCGCUAUUAAUGGAUGAUGUUUCCAUGAUUGUCACAGGAUGUCACGACGGGCAGAUAUGUCUAUGGGACCUCUCUUCAGAUUUAGACAUAAAUCCUAGAGCUCUCUUGUUUGGUCAUACAGCAUCAAUCACUUGUUUAUCCAAAGCCAGUUCUUCAAGUGAAAAACAGUAUAUAGUGAGUGCAUCUGAAAGCGGAGAAAUGUGCCUUUGGGAUGUGAAUGAUGGAAGGUGCAUUGAAUUUACAAAAUUAGCCUGCACUCAUACUGGCAUACAGUUCUAUCAGUUCACAGCUGGGAUGCAGCGUGAAGGGAGAUUGUUGUGUCAUGGCCAUUAUCCAGAAAUUCUUGUUGUGGAUGCUGCCAGCCUUGAAGUUCUUUACUCCUUGGUGUCGAAGAUUUCUAAGGACUGGAUCAGUUCUAUGACCAUUAUUCGAUCUCGCAGAACACAAGAGGACACUGUUGUAGCAGUAUCGGUGGCUGGCAUUCUUAAAGUAUGGAUUGUAACUUCUGAAGUGAGUCACAUACAGGAUACGGAACCAAUCUUUGAAGAGGAAUCUAAACCAAUUUACUGUCAGAACUGCCAGAGCAUUUCCUUCUGUGCAUUUACCCAAAGAUCACUUUUGGUAGUUUGUUCUAAAUACUGGAGGGUUUUUGAUGCUGGAGAUUAUUCCUUGUUAUGCUCAGUUCCAAGUGAAAAUGGACAGACGUGGACAGGAGGUGAUUUUGUGUCAGCAGACAAAUUGAUAAUAUGGACUGAAGAUGGACAAAGUUUUAUAUAUAAACUGCCAGCCAGUUGCUUACCAGCUAGCAAAUCAUUUCGAAGUGAUGUUGGAAAAGUGAUUGAAAACCUCAGUCCUCCUCAACUCUACUGUACUCUGGACCAAGGAGAGCAGAACGCAGACAAACAGUUAUUAAUCUGCCCUCCUGUCACUCAAUUCUUCUAUGGCCGUAGGGAAUGUUUCCAUAAAUUACUAAUCCAGGGAGACUCUUCAGGAAGGCUCACCAUUUGGAGUAUUCCAGAUUCACUUGACGAGGAAAAUAUGACUGAAGGAUUGCCGGUUACUACUUCUACAUCUCUACAAGAAGCGUUUAGCAAACUUCACCCAGCUGGUAUUAUAGAUCAGUUGAGUUUCAUCCCAAAUAGUGACGAUCCUUUGAAGGUGACAGCAAGUGUCUACAUCCCAGCACAUGGGCGACUGGUUUGUGGACGUGAAGAUGGAAGUAUUGUGAUUGUUCCAGCCACUCAGACUGCCAUAGUGCAGCUUUUGCAAGAUGAACAUAUGUGCAGAAGAGGUUGGCCACCUCACAGAACUCUGCGGGGUCAUCGAAACAAGUCACCUGUUUUGCUGUAUCCUCACCUCUCUUCUCGUUAUGAUCAAAGAUACCUGGUCUCUGGUGGUGUAGAUUUUUCGGUCAUUAUAUGGGACAUCUUUUCCGGAGAAAUGAAGCACAUCUUCUGUGUGCAUGGUGGAGAAAUCACUCAGCUUUUGGUUCCUCCAGAAAAUUGCAGUGCAAGAGUGCAGCACUGUGUGUGUUCUGUUGCCAGUGACCACUCAGUCGGACUUCUAAGUUUACGUGAAAAAAAGUGCAUCAUGUUAGCCUCCCGGCAUCUCUUCCCUAUUCAAAACAUAAAGUGGAGACCUUCAGAUGACUACCUUGUUGUUGGUUGUACCGAUGGUUCUGUCUAUGUAUGGCAAAUGGAUACUGGUGCCCUUGACCGAUGUGUAAUGGGAAUUACAGCUGUUGAGAUCCUGAAUGCUUGUGAUGAAGCUGUGCCCGCUGCAGUUGAUUCUCUCAGCCAUCCAGCUGUCAACUUAAAGCAGGCCAUGACCAGACGUAGCCUCGCUGCUAAAAACGUGGCUCACCAGAAACUUCAGACACUCGCCACAAAUCUGUUGGCAUCUGAUUCCUCUGAUAAAGGAAACUUGCCAAAAUAUUCACACAACUCUCUGAUGGUUCAAGCCCUGAAGACUAACUUAACAGACCCAGAUGUCCAUAUUCUCUUCUUUGAUGUGGAAGCGCUGAUUAUUCAGUUACUAACUGAGGAAGCCUCCAGGCCAACACAAGCCCUUAUUUCCCCUGAGAAUUUACAAAAAGCAUCUGGCGCUCUGACAAAGGGAGUCCCUUCCUUGCUGGCAAACGAGGCCGCAGUCCUGCUUCAGCAGGUCAAAGAAACAGUCAAAGAAACAAUCGAAAACAUAAAAGAACGUCUUUUCGACGAAGACGAUGAGGACGAGGAAGCCAGACGAAGAGAGGACGGGGAUCCCGAAUACCGGUCUAGCAAAUCAAAGCCGUUAACUCUCCUAGAAUAUAACCUAACCAUGGACACAGCCAAGCUGUUAUGUUCGUGUCUUCACGCUUGGGGCUUGAACACUGUUCUAGAUGAACUUUGCAGUGAGCGCCUAGGGAUGUUGCGGCCUCACCGUUCUGUCUCUUUUGGCUUGCUUUCAAGAGGCCACAUGUCUUUGAUGCUCCCAGGGUAUCAUAAGCCUGUAGACCAGGGUCUCUCUAGUGUUAGCAAAGACAUAGUAAAGCCUGACCCUCUGACAGAGCGCAUCAGGGGGACGUAUGGCAUUUCACGUGCAGUAACAACCCAGCACCUCCUUUCCAUCAUCUCCCUGGCAAACACCUUGAUGAGCAUGACCAAUGCAACUUUUAUUGGAGAGCAUAUGAAAAAGGGUCCAGCCAGGCCACCUAGACCAGGGACUCCUGAACUUGGAAGAGUGAAGACUUCUACUCCACUUGCUAGCCCAACAGCCCAAGGACUGAUUAAACAAGGAUGGAGUCAGCUUGCUGCUAUGCAUUGUGUUAUGCUCCCUGAACUGUUGGGACUGGAUCAAUUUAGACCACCUCUCCUUGAAAUGUUGGCUCGUAGAUGGCAAGAUCGAUGCUUGGAGGUAAGAGAAGCUGCGCAAGCCUUACUCUUGGCAGAGCUGAGGAGAAUUGAACAGGCGGGCAGGAAGGAAGCCAUUGAUACCUGGGCUCCUUAUUUACCUCAGUAUAUGGACAGUGUUAUAUCACCUGGAGUGACGGCAGAAACUAUUCAGACCGUUAACGUUACCCCUGAACAAUCAGGACCUGAAGCCAAAAUUCAAGAAGAAGAACAUGAUCUGGUUGACGAGGACAUCUCAGGAGGUACGCUGUCUGGACUUCCACAAAUUAAAAAAAUAUCUCUGUCAUAUGAAGAGAGACGGAAGCAAGCUACCGCCAUUGUUCUGCUGGGAGUAAUUGGAGCAGAGUUUGGGGCAGAAAUAGAACCUCCGAAGUUGUUAACAAGACCACGCAGUUCUAGUCAAAUUCCAGAAGGUUUCGGCUCAACAAGUGGGGGAUCCAACUAUUCCUUGGCAAGGCACACCUGCAAAGCUUUGACCUAUCUCCUGCUGCAACCUCCCAGUCCGAAGCUUCCUCCUCACAGCACCAUUCGAAGAACUGCCAUUGACCUCAUAGGAAGAGGUUUUACAGUGUGGGAGCCUUAUAUGGACGUGUCCGCUGUGCUGAUGGGCCUUUUGGAACUCUGUGCGGAUGCCGAAAAGCAACUUUCAAACAUCAAAAUGGGGCUGCCUCUGAGUCCAGCAGCGGACUCCGCCCGCUCUGCACGACACGCUCUCUCCCUCAUUGCCACGGCGAGGCCACCCGCUUUCAUCACCACUAUUGCCAAGGAGGUACACAGGCACACUGCUCUUCAAGCUAAUACACAGUCUCAACAAAAUAUUCAUACCACCACCUUGGCUCGAGCAAAGGGAGAAAUUCUGAGGGUUAUUGAAAUCCUUAUUGAAAAAAUGCCAACAGAUGUUGUGGAUCUUCUUGUAGAGGUAAUGGACAUCAUCAUGUAUUGUCUUGAAGGCUCAUUAGUCAAGAAGAAGGGACUGCAGGAGUGCUUUCCAGCUAUCUGCAGGUUCUACAUGGUCAGCUACUACGAGCGGAAUCAUCGAAUAGCAGUUGGAUCUCGCCAUGGUUCAGUGGCCCUCUAUGACAUCCGGACUGGAAAAUGUCAGACAAUUCAUGGCCAUAAAGGGGCAAUAACAGCCGUGGCUUUUGCACCUGAUGGUCGGUAUCUUGCCACUUACUCCAACACUGACAGUCACAUUUCUUUCUGGCAGAUGAACACCUCUCUGUUGGGAAGCAUCGGGAUGCUGAAUUCUGCACCGCAGCUCCGUUGUAUUAAAACCUACCAGGUGCCUCCUGUCCAACCUGCGUCUCCAGGUUCACACAAUGCCCUCAAACUGGUCAGGCUUAUCUGGACUUCGAACCGCAAUCUUAUUCUUAUGGCCCAUGAUGGCAAAGAACAUCGAUUUGUGGUAUAAAGUCAGGGUGUGUGAAAGAGGCUUCUCCCCCCCCCCUCAAAAAAAACCCGGUUCUAAAUCCCAUUGUGUUUUGAAAGUUCUUGUAAAUUGAUUCUCCCUCUUUAUGAUCUUAAUAUUGGAGGUAUUAAAUACCCAAAGAUGUAUGGACCAGGAUUGGCCAGACAAUAUAUGUUGUGCUUGCUUCGUCAAAACAGAGCACUCCUUUAGAGCAGUGUUUCUCAACCUUGGCAACUUUGAGAUGCCUGGAUUUCAACUCCUAGAAUUCCCCAGCCAGCUGGCUAGAGAAUUCUGGGCGUUGAAGUCCACGCAUCUUAAAGUUGCCAAGAAAACUUUUAACUUUGGAGAAAUGCAGACCCAUUGAUCAAUUAGAACAUCUUGCAAGAUUUUUCUUUUUAUCACUCUGAGAAAAAAACAAACAGGAGCUUGAGUAUGUAACUUGAGCCUGGCUAGAUUGGUGAGAAUCUUGAUUCUACUGACUUUGAAAAAGAAAAUCACUUCACAACAUUAAAACUGGUCUGAAUCUCAUCAUUCCGAGAAUGUUAAAAUCCUCAGAGCCUAAAUAGGGGGGGGGGGGGGGAAUCAUUCGAAGUGUUUUGAAAUGUCAUGUUUACCAAAGCUCAUGUGGUUACACAGAAAUUCUUCCAAGUUCUUGGAAGAUCUUGGAGUAAGAAUGCUCUGUUCAUUUCUGAAAUUCCAGAUAGGAUCAGGAGAGAUCCACAAGUCCCCAUACAUACUCUUUUGGCAUUUUCUACCUGGAAAAAAAGAGAGUGUCAUAUGGCACCUAAACAUCAAGAAUCUGUGAUGCCUACUAAAGCCACUGGUUAAUGGCAUUAAAGACCCAUUAUAUAUUUCAGGUUUGGGGUUUUGUAAGAAAAUGUAUAGAAAAGGAGAAAUCAUUUUCUUUGUGUACUUUCUAAUCAGGAUGGAAACAAUGGCAUAUUCCCAUUAGCGAAAAGGUGAUUUUAUGUUUCUUAGGUUGGGGAGAAAGAAUACCCUCAGUUUUUUUUUUUUCUUCAAUGAAAAUGUACACAAGAAUUAUGAAAGAGAUAAUGGGAAUAUUGAUAUUUUCUUUGCUGCUAUUAUAUGUAUCAGUAUCAUAUCUAUGUAUCCACAAGUGAGCUCUUCCACAGCUUCCUCUUGCAAAGAAGUGAAGAUUCUUCACAUUUACAUCGUCAAACUCUACUGUGACAUAAAUAUGUCUCUAAUUAUGACACAGCAAACUUAUAUCAUUUGGAUUAAUCAGAGGAAAGAGAUUUAAGAGAAUUAUUUAAUAAAGUAUAUCUUUAUCAUUAUUGCAAGAAAUAUGAAGAAAAGUUAGCCUUCGGGUCCAUUUCGAGUGUUAUCCUUAAUCAGAAAAAAAAUUCAUAAUAGGCUGAUUAGCAUUCACAUAUCUCCUAUAUCUUAUAUAUUUAUUUAUUUUUCCUGAAAAACUGUCUGUCUCCCAUCCACCCCUUCCUUAUGAAGCUGAGGGGAAAAAAUGUAGAAAAUAUUUUAUUGAAAUGCUGGUGUGUUAAACAUACUGUAUGUAUAGUAUACAUGGACUUCUAGACUUGAAUAUGAGAAUACAGAGGAAAAUGCUCAGUGCAUGCUGAUAAAUUUAUCAAAAAUGGUGCCUGUGGAAAAUUUGAUUGUGGAAAUUGAAGGGAUGAAGAAUCAAGAAAGACAACUGGAUGUAUUUUUUUGGAGCACAGCACCUGUAUCACCUCCCCAGAAAUGAAUGUUGUCCAUCAUCUUUGCCUUCCUGAAUAGCACUGAAACAUUCCUGGUGCUUUGCAAUACAUUGAGAUUAUCAUCAAACAGUUUAAUACUGUGUAUGUAACUAACAUUAUAUCAGCCAUAAUUAGUUACCUUGAGAAUUUUUUAAAAAAACAAUAAGAAGUUGUUCAGAAUGUUUUACAGCACUGUGACUUUGUGCUAUUGACUUAUGGUUUGGUGGAGAUAAAUUCAGUUGUAAAUUUUCAGUUUUUUGAGGAGAGGUGGUUAAAGAAACAUAUCAUGUAUGCACCUGGUUAUGAGCACUGUCCCCAGAAUACAUAGAAAUGUACAGCACUGUUGAAUUCUAUUACGAUGACGGCAUAAAUGGUACAGUGAAUGAUAUUUAGGGAUACUCCCUGUUAGAUAAUUUUAUUUUUUAUGUAUAAUUUCUUUUGUUACUCACACAUUCUUUUUCCACAUUGAUUCCUGCAAUCCAUAGGAUCCUGUUUAUUUGUAUGGAAUGAGGAAAAAAAGAAGAUUCCUUAUUGCAAGGUUGGCUAAUAUUUCCUGAAAUAAACAAGACUCUGCAGAGUCCAUUUCCAAGCAGUAAGACAAAUUGGAGAGGCAGCUUUCCACAUUUACUAAGCUAUUUGCAUAACGGUACUUGUUGCAUCUCAGCAGGGAACCUCCAAUUCCCCUGGGAUGCUUGGAUUUCUAGCUGCCAUCAUCCCAGAAGCAAAGGAUUGUGGGAGUGGUAGCUAAAGUGUUUGAAGGGCACUUGGGGCCUAUUAUUAGUGUACGCCUACUAAGGACAGAGUCCUACAUUAUGGUAAUCUGAGGGUUGCCAAUUAAAAAGGGCACUCCGGUAUGGAGGUUUUUUGUUUCCCUUCAAAACACAGUAAAACAUGGGUGUCAAACUCGUGGCAUCACAUGACAUUUUUCCCAUUCGCGGAGAUGGGGUGGGAUUGGCCUGCGCGUGACGCAUCUGGCCCAUGGGCCGCCAGUUUGACACUCCCGGUCUAAAAGUUACCUACAAUAUGAUACUAUAAAGUUCCUUAAACGACCUAGGAAGAAAAGACAAAUAUGUAAUAUUAUGCAUCAGGAUCUAGAGAAAAAAAUGUCACCUACUACAGGACAAGUUUGGGGAACCAGCAAGUGACUCCCAUUUUGAUAUACUGCAGGCUCUCUGCAUUUAUAACAUGGAAGCCCAAUUUGGAUAUUCCAAACAUACUACACUGCGCUAUACAAAAGGAGAGCAAAUCGUUUCAGUUAUGCUGCACUAUUUCAGCAGGGCUUAUAGGAGAGUUCAUCUUUAUUUUGAGUAGAGGAUGUCCGGUUCUUAAAUGUUAUGAUUGACCCUGUAAAUUCUUCCUUUUACUUUGCCUUGUUUUGUUUUGUGUCUUGUUUUUCCAAACAAAGAAUUUCCAGCAUUUUGAGAUACGAUGGAAAAACAGAUCCACCUGCUUUUAUCCACAAGGCAUUAUUUGCUGUUGCGAAGGAUCUAACCCUGUUUUGAAUAUUACAAUGGUGCGGGAGGGUCGAACUCUUGGAGCUGUGUCUUCGGCAGAUGCCUAACGAGAUGCAUUAUGCCUGUUCAAACAAAAUCAGACCAAUAGAAAAUCUGGCCUAUACAAAGGAGUAAUUGAACAGGAGAAUCAAUAUUUAUGUACUGGUUACUUGAACAAUCCACUUGGCCCGGCACAGGAGCCUUGCAUGACUCCUUUAACUGAAACCAACGGUGCUAUGCUAGAGUAGCACUGAGUGGAUUUUUGCCAAGGCUUCUUAAUUCCCUUAAGAUUUCCCCUUAUGCAAAUCUGCAUCGGAGAGACUGACUCAGCCCUCGCUGUAAAUUUCAUCAUAGCCUAGAUCUUUCAGCACUGCAGUAAAAUUUGUAUUGUCAUUCCAGUGUAAGCUUUUAGUGUUUUAUUGAUUUGUUUAGUACUGUAUUUGGAUUUGUCCUUGUAAAUGUAGCAACGUGCGUGGCUUCAUUGGCAGUUUACAAGCAAAAGAUGACAUGAUGAGACACCUGUAUGAAAAUGUUGUCACUACUGAAGUCGCAGUGUAUUGGUAACUGAUUAAAAUGUCUGCCUCUAAGAAA